AUGAUCAAGUCCAAGAUACCGGUUUCACGCAUCAUGCGUUCCAUGACCGUGCCAAAGGGUACCAUCUCCAGAAGUCCUUCAAAAGACACGACACGUACCAGAAUCCCAACCAACGCGACAGUGCAAGCUGCAGCCGCGACAAGUCCCGUGAGUUCCCCAGCUGCUCAAUUAGCUAACAAUGUAGCAGCACAGGUCUUGUUGAUCAUGAAUCAGACACCCAACACCUCCUCCACGUUCAUCCCCAUCUCCAUGCCGCGCCCGGGAGGUAAAGGCACGCCGUCCUUCAACGGGAAACACGUACAAGAUUUUAUUUCCGACUUCGAGAGUGCAGCUAAAGCAGCCGGAAUCGCUAACACUGAAUGGCCAAAGUUGGUGUUACGGUACUGCGAUUCGAAGGUACACCGCAUCAUUGAGAACGAUGCUGCUUUCGCAGGUACAGUCUGGGCAGAUGCCCGGGCUCAGUUAACUUACUAUUAUGAGUCCUCGGAUCACAAACCCAAAGUGCCGCCCCGGCGGCUACACGCGUUUGUCAAGUGUUAG